GUGUUUUCUAUAACCAUGGUUCUCUGGGUUUUUGGUUAUGGUUCACUGGUAUGGAACCCUGGGUUCGAGUAUGAUGAUAAAAUCAUAGGCUUCAUCAAGGAUUACAAGCGUGUUUUUGACCUUGCAUGCAUUGAUCACAGAGGUACACCUGAAAAUCCUGCAAGGACUUGCACCUUGGAACAAAUUGAAGGAGCCGUUUGUUGGGGUGCUGCUUAUUGUGUUCGUGGCAGUCCUGAAAAGGAAAGAGCAGCAAUGGAGUACUUGGAGCGGAGAGAAUGUGAAUAUGAUCAAAAGAACCUAGUGGACUUCUACAAGGAAGCAGAUCCCCUGCAGCCUGCUCUAACAGGAAUUAUUGUUUUCACAUCUACCCCCGACAAAGUUUCAAACAAGUAUUACCUGGGGCCUGCGCCAUUGGAGGAAAUGACAAUGCAAAUUGCAACUGCUGUUGGACCAUGUGGAAACAACAGAGAUUAUCUUUUCCUGCUGGAGAAGGCCAUGUAUGAUAUAGGUCAUGAGGAUGACAUGGUUAUAGAGCUGGCAAAUGAAGUGAGGAAGGUGCUUGGAACAAUGGGGAAAGGAGUUUCUAAGGAGAAGCAGUUAGUAGGAUCUCCUCGGAAGAAACCAUUUAAGUCCCAGACCCAAACUUACAUCCCUUCCACUCAAUUGCUUCCGCUUCCAAAGCUGUUGCAAUGGACUCCUAGUUUUUCCAUCAACAACUGAAACGACGGAAAGUUA